GUUGGAAUGCAAGAUGAUGGAGGUUGGUGGGCGGCGGUCUUGGUUAUAUGUUUGAGCGCACCUAUGCGAGGGUGGCUUGGCUGUCGCUAUUGGCGACUACUGGGCCGGGUGGAGCAUGAGAUAGCAUCCAUACACUACCUACACUGCCCAGCGGCUAGUGUACAGAGUAUCCGGUGUUUGUGUGGAUGGCUGAGUAGAGUGGUGGGAGGGGGGAGGGGUGCGAACGGUGGGUUAAGGGUGUGUGUGCAAGACCCGCGGUUGCAUAGCAAACUACCUUAGUUGUCUGGUCUGUGUGAUGAAACGGGAAGGCCACACGGACUGGCGGGGGGGGGUCCGUUUGGAGUUUCGCCGCCUUU